AUGGAUCUGCUCAAUGUGGUGCCGGCGGACGCCAUGGCCUUCCCCCUCUACUCCCUCCCCGCGGCGGCCAACACCGUCGCCUCGCUCUUCGCCUGGCUCGUCGCGGCCCUCGCCGCCGCCGUCGGCCUCUGGCGCAUCCGCGCGGUCGGCUCCUCCAACAAACUACCCGACGCCGGCGCCCGCAGCAGCACCCUCGUGGACGACAAGCAGCAGAUGCAGGCUCUUUCGUCGCCUGCCGCUGACGAGCCACGACCCGCACGCACCGUGCCGGUGGAGCCGGCUUCCCCUAUUAGCGAGCCGAGCUCGCCGUCCAAGGUCCGGUUCACGGCGUACUACGGCGGGGCCGGAGCUGACGCCGGCAACGAUGGAGUAGUGGAUGGCGUCAGGAAAUGCGCGGACAGGGACGAGGACGAGGACGGCGUGCCCGUCGUCGACGACCAGAGCGAGACGCUGCCGAGACGGACGGCGUCGAUGAGGAUCAGGUCGGUGGCAUCGACGGCGGUGCCCUGCUGGGAGGAGAGGGAGAUGGCGGUGAGGAGGCGGGGAGAUUUGGGCUGGUACCGCCACCUUGACAUGGCAGUGCUCGACGGCACCGUCGUAAGGCUGUGGGACAGCGAGGUCACCGCGGCGGUGGCGUCGCCGAGGGCGCGGCGGGGGAGGGCAGGAUUGGAACUGCACCUGUCACUAUAG